AUGAAGCGCAAAAGCAAGAAAGCCAAGGAGAAGAAAGAGGCCCAGAAAGGGCCCAAGGAGAUGUCCGAAGAAGAUAUCUCCAAAGAGAUGGAACGUCUGCGCCAAGCCCUCCAGAAAGAGGAAGAAGAAGUCGUGCGGAAGCGCGCAAAAAUCGAGGAGUUGGAGGGUCUCUCUUGGCGGUUGGCAAGAGAAACCAACAAUGUAAAGAAGAGAUAG